AUGGAAGAUCCAGUGGAGAGCGACUCUAACGCCGAACAAUUGCCAGAUCCGGAGCAGGUGUUAGAAGGCCGCAAUGGCUCAGAUAACCGUGAAGAAUUCGCAACUUGCAGCUCCUGCAAUCUAAGCUAUCUCGCGAGGCACCUCGAUCACGGAAUUUGCCCGCAUUGCCUUACUCAGCAGACGCAAGCAUAUAGUCAAGCGCAAGCUGACCAGUUUACACAAGACUACGGCCAGCACCUGGCCCAGGACGCCUAUGGCGAAGGGUAUUCAGGCGCUGAACACCAGGGACUCGUGAUGGACGAGCCCGACAGGGCCCAGCACUACGACCAGCUGUACACUGAGCCCCCCCUGGCCCAGGUGCCAAUGCACCGCCCGGGGGUCUCUGACGAGGAGUCCGAGCAGAUGUACAAGCAGGAGGAGGGCCUCAAGUACCCCUCGGGCGACGAGGAGGAGCUGGCGACCGAGGAUCUGCAGGAGGAGCCGGUGGGCAUGGAGGACGACUCCAACGGCUCGAACCCGCAGGAGGACGAGCACAGCGGCGACCAGCUGCCCGAGGAGAACGGGGACUCGAACAGGGGCGAGGAGAGGAGCCCCGUGCGGACGUACGCGGACGACCGGAAGAAGAAGAAGCCGACCACCGAGGGCUCGAACUUCGCCACGAAGAUCAACGUCGGCUUCAACCACCAGGUCCCGUUCACGCCGGCGUUCUUUUUGGACCACUCUUACGCGCCCCCGAACCAAACCACCUUCAAGGGCCAGGAGUGGGCGCGUUUGAUGUACUCGCCCUACCAAAUGGAGAAGAUUCGCAGGCGUAAGCUGAAGGAAGGAUCCGAUUCAGUCGUUAAAAACGAGUUUGAGUUGGCCGAGUUUAUUCAGAUGUGUGCAAAGAGCUGGAAAAACAACCCGGGCUGGCACCCGUUCUCGCCUGAAUUUGCGUAUAAGAUUUUGCACUUCGCAGACUACGACCCAAACAAAGCAUUGAAGUUUAUGAACGACCCAUCAUUCAAUUUUUCAUGUGUAUGCGACCCUCCAGUGCGUCGCUAUGAUAACAAGUGGAAGCCCAAGGACCGAAGAGGUCAAGUACCCACUAACCCGUACCCACCACCAGUGACGUUGAGAGGGUAUUUGUUGAGAAGGCACACGUUUAACAAAUAA